AUGACUGUCCUCAGUGUAGAAAAGAGAUCCAGAACACGUCCUGUACUACAGCAGCUGAGUCAACCCAAUAAAACAAGAGGCUCUGAAAACAGUAAGACCACUUGCACACUGGAUGACAGCCUGCAGAGAGCUAUAGUAAACCAUAAAGACAGUCUGAAAAGGAGGUAUGAAUGUGUGAUAGAAGGCAUGGAAAUAGCAGGGAACCAAACUCCCCUCAACAGGAUUUACACAGAGCUCUACAUCACAGAGGGAGAGAGUGAAGGGGUUAACAAUGAACAUGAGGUGUGGCAGCUAGAGACAGCAUCCAGGACACCAACCUCACAUGACACAGCAAUCCACUGCAAUGACAUCUUUAAACCCUUACCAGGCCAAGAGAGAAGCAUCAGAACUGUGCUGACCAAGGGCAUCGCUGGCAUCGGAAAAACAGUCUCUGUGCAGAAGUUCAUCCUAGACUGGGCUGAAGAGAAGGCGAACCAAGAUGUGGAUAUCAUAUUUGUGCUUCCUUUCCGGGAGCUGAACUUGAUUAAAGAUCUCCAGUACAGUCUUCUCAGACUUUUAAAUGGCUUCCACACAGAACUAGACAUAGGCAAUGCAAAGAACCUCACUGCCUGUAAAGCUAUGUUCAUCUUUGAUGGUUUGGAUGAAAGCAGACUUCCAUUGGAUUUCCAGCACAAUGAAAAGGUGUCUGAUGUCACCCAGCCAUCAUCUGUCGAUGUUCUGCUGACAAACCUCAUCAAGGGGAAUCUGCUUCCGUCUGCUCUCCUAUGGAUAACCUCCCGACCAGCAGCAACCAAUCAGAUCCCCCCUAAAUGUGUUGACCAGGUGACAGAGGUACGAGGGUUCAAUGACCCACAGAAGGAGGAGUAUUUCAGGAAGAGAUUCAGUGAUGAGGACCUGGCCAGCAGAAUCAUCUCACACAUAAAGACAUCAAGGAGCCUCCACAUCAUGUGCCACAUGCCAGUGUUCUGUUGGAUUUCUGCAAUAGUCCUUGAACACAUGUUGAGUACAGACAAGAGGAGAGAGAUGCCCACGACUCUGACUGAGAUGUCAAUACACUUCCUGCUCAUUCAGACCAGCCUGAAGAACCAGAAAUAUCAUGGAAGAGAUGAGAUGGAUCAACAGGAGCUCAUGGAGUCAGAUAAGGAAAUUAUUCUGAAGCUGGGGAAGCUGGCGUUUGAAAAUCUGGAGAAGGGUAAUCUCAUGUUCUAUGAAGAAGACCUGAAAGAGUGUGGCAUUGAUGUCAAAGAAGCCUCAGUGUACUCAGGAGUGUGCACACAAAUCUUUAAAGAAGAGUCUGUGUUAUUUCAGAGAGUGGUGUACUGCUUUGUUCAUCUGAGCAUUCAGGAGUUUCUCUCAGCUGUCUACAUGUACCAUUGUUACACAACCAAGAACAUGGAUGCACUGAAGCCCUUCCUCAAGAGAAAGUCUAGACCUGCAUCUGAAGAGCUAACCUUGCAUGAGCUGCUGAAGAGUACCGUGGAUAAAGCCUUGGAGAGCAAGAACGGACACCUGGACCUCUUUGUCCGCUUCCUUCAUGGCAUGUCACUGGAGUCCAAUCAGAAACUCCUACGAGGUCUGGUGACACAGACAGAAAGCAGUCCAGACAGCGUCAAGAAAACAAUCCGAUCCCUUAAGGUGAUGCAGAGGAAGAACAUCUCCCCUGAGAGGUGCAUCAAUCUCUUCCACUGUCUGAUAGAGAUGAAAGACCAUUCAGUACAAGAGAAAAUCCAAGCGUACUUGAGGUCAAAGAAGAGAUCCAAAAAACUCACACAUUCUCAGUGUUCAGCGCUGGCCUACAUGCUACAGAUAUCAGAGGAGGUUCUGGAUGUGUUUGACCUGAAGCAAUACAAGACAUCACAGGAGGGUCGUAGGAGACUGCUCCCAGCUGUGAGAGGCUGCAGGAAAGCUCUACUCACUGGCUGUACACUCACAGACACAUCCUGUGAAGUGUUGGCCUCAGCUCUCAGUUCAAACCCCUCAAACCUGAGAGAGCUGGAUCUGAGUAAAAAUGACCUGAAGGAUUCAGGAGUGAAGCUGCUCUCUGCUGGACUGGGGAAUCCCUACUGUAAACUGGAGACUCUGAGGCUGUCAGGCUGUCUAGUCACAGAGGAAGGCUGUGCUUCUCUGGUCUCAGCUCUGAAGUCAAACCCCUCACACCUGAGAGAGCUGGAUCUGAGUAACAAUGACCUGAAGGAUUCAGGAGUGAAGCUGCUCUCUGCUGGACUGGGGAAUCCCCACUGUAAACUGGAGACUCUGAGGCUGUCACGCUGUCUAGUCACAGAGGAAAGCUGUGCUUCUCUGGUCUCAGCUCUGAGGUCAAACCCCUCACACCUGAGAGAGCUGGAUCUGAGUAUCAAUGACCUGAAGGAUUCAGGAGUGAAGCUGCUCUCUGCUGGACUGGGGAAUCCCCACUGUAAACUGGAGACUCUGAGGCUGUCAGGCUGUCUAGUCACAGAGGAAGGCUGUGCUUCUCUGGUCUCAGCUCUGAAGUCAAACCCCUCACACCUGAGAGAGCUGGAUCUGAGCUACAAUCACCCAGGAGACUCAGGAGUCAGACUGCUCUCUGCUGGACUGGAGGAUCCACACUGCAGACUGGAGAAACUC